GAAGAAAGUGUUUUUAGUUUUACCGAAAAUUUAUGUCCAAUUUACUUAAAAUUCAGCGACUUUUACCAAAUAUUUUCACCCUAAGAGCUUCUUAUCGAGUCAAUAAUGCCUGACCAGCCAUUUGAGGUCAUUUCAGACGGCGAAGAAGGCCUAGAUGACGCAGAAGAGGAGUUAGAAGAGCAACUAGAAAAUGGCGGGAUUCGCAAAAACUUGUUGGGCGAGUUUGCUGAUAUUGAAAAAACUAACUCUAAUGUACUCGAAAAUAAUGGUCGAGAGUGCAUGAAAGUCUACCUAAGAAUUCGUCCUUUCUCAGCAGAAGAGAAAGAUCUAUCUCAGGAUCAAGAUUGCAUGGAGAUCGACGGAGAUUCUGCUAUAAAUUUGAACGCGCCAAAGGAUUCCUUCACCUUCAAGAAUGAGAAACGUGGGCGAGAAGUGACACAUCGCUUUACUUUUUCUCGUGUUUUUGGACCAGAAACAACACAGAAACAGUUCUUUGACGACACGAAUUUAAAUCUGUUGAAGGAUUUUAUGGAUGGACAGAACUGUCUGGUUUUUACUUAUGGAAUCACAAAUUCUGGGAAGACAUAUACAAUUCAAGGAACACCAAAGGAUGGGGGAAUCCUACCAAGGACUCUAGAUGUCUUGUUCAAUAGCAUACAGAACAAACAAUACCCUCGCAUGAAUCUGAAGCCAAGAUACUUCUGCGAUGUGGUUAAAAUAAACGAAAAACAAGAACACAUGGAGGGGGCUUUACGGAAUGGACUUCUAAUGUCACUCAAUAAAGAGCAGUUUGAUCUCAAUUCAUUCCUUCAACUUGAGGAUUCCAAUGAUUUUUCCAAAGGAAGUAUUAUAGAAGACUCUUUACUUCAAGCAUCAUUAAAAAGCCAAGAUGGAGAGACAACAGAUCAUGAUAUAACAGAAGACGAAGACACAUCAAGACUAGUGGAUAACACAACUCUCAGUGUUGACGCCCAAGGACCCGUCAAGUUUUCUGUCUGGAUUUCCUUUGCUGAAAUCUACAAUGAGUUAAUUUUUGAUCUGCUUGAGCCGUGCCCCGAGGGGAAAGGAAAGAAGAGGGUCACUCUGAAACUUGGAGAUGACAAAAAUGGGAAUCCUUAUGUCAAAGGCUUGAGAGAAGUGUGCGUUUCCAGUGCUGAUGAAGCUUAUAAGAUACUCAGGGUUGGAAAGAAGAAUCAAAGAAUAUCGGCCACCAAGCUGAAUCAAGCAUCAAGCAGAAGCCAUUGUAUCUUCACUAUAAAAGUGCUUAGAGUUGUAGAUGUAGAAAAUCCUCAUGCAGCUAGGGUUAGCAGGUUAUCCUUUGUUGAUCUUGCUGGAUCAGAACGCUACACCAAGACCCAGAACACAGGGGAUCGACUCAAAGAAGCUGGGAACAUCAAUACAUCUCUCAUGACUCUAGGGAAAUGUUUAGACUGUCUGCGGUACAAUCAGUUACACCAGAAUCACCCACAGAUAAUCCCCUUCAGAGAGAGCAAGCUGACUCGGUUGUUCCAGGGAUUCUUCUGUGGUAAAGGCAAGGCAUCCAUGAUUGUCAAUAUCAACCAGUGUGCUGCUACUUUCGAUGAGACCUACCACGCCCUCAAGUUUUCAGCCAUUGCUAAACAGGUCACGACCAAGGUAUGCAAGCCGUCAGACAUGCUCCCUCCCGUCGAAAAGAGUUUCCGCGCAUCAUUUGCUUUCCCCGUCCAAUCAAAAGCAGCCAGGAUGUCAAUCCCCUGGGAGAAUGGUGCACUAAGUACCCCAGCAGGUGGAAGAUGUGAACGUAUCAAUGAAGAUGAAGAAGAGGAUGAAGAGAAUGAUGUCGUCUCUUACCAGAAGCAACUUGAGAACCUUGUGAGAGUCUUACAAGAACAGCUCAUCGAAGAAAAGAAGUCCAAAGCUAUGUUAGAGGUAAAAAUCCGAGAAGAAGUGUGUGGGGAGAUGGCUGAGCAACUGGUUGCUAUUGAAUCGGCAUACAGCGAGAGAAUUCAAGAGGAGGUAACAGCUGUAGAAGAGAAGUGUGAGCGUAGGAUUGAAUUGUUAGCCAAGUCCAUCAAGAAGACUCGUAAACGUGCGCGCAUUGAGAAACAGGAAGACGAGGAUGAAGAAUGGGUCCCAAGCGUUCAACUUCAUGCUGAACGGGUAAAAGUCGAGGAACUGACAGCACAGGUGAAUGAGUUGAAAUCUGCUAUCGAAGAGGAUGAGAAUCGAUUUAAAGCACAGGAAGAGAUCAUGAUGGAUUUACAGUCGGCUCUAGAGACGUCCAGUAAGGAGCUUGAGCUUGCUAAGAUCAAGCUCGAUAAACGAGACGAAUUGUUGAAAGAAAAAGACGAAGCUAUACGAAAACUAGAGAAAGAUUUGGACGUCAAAAACGACGAAGAAUUGCAGGAAUGUGAAUCGAAAGAAAAGAGCGAUAAAAUUGUACAAAAUCUUUACCAAGAAAUAGAGAAGCUCCAAAGUGAUCUUGAACAACAGCAAACGCUGGUGAAAGAAAAUUCCAACGCUUUGGAAAAGAGUAAAGAAAUGGUUUCCCAGUUAGAAGAAAGUGUUACUGAAAAAGACGCCAUUCUUGAAGAAAAGAUGGUCCUUCUUGACGAGAAAAACGAUGAACUGAAAAAUCUUGAAAACAAUGAAAGAGAAUUGGAAGAAAAGGCAAGAAUGAUGACAGAAUCGUUGGAGAAAGGUGAAAAACGUGUGAAAGAAUUAGAACAGAAUCUUGAAGAGAAAGAAAACCUGUUGGUAGAGCGAACAGAUCUUUUGGAGAAACAAGAAACGCUAGUGAAGAAGUUGAGAAAUAAUAUUAAAGAGCAUGAAGAAGCGUUAGAAAAUAAUGAAUCAUUUCUGGGCCAACUGAACGACACUGUGAGGCAGUUAAGCCAUGAGCUUGUCGAUGCUAAAAACAAGGAGAAGGAGAAAGAAAAAGAACACGAAAAAGAAAACGAAGAGAAGUGCUCGAAAGAGGGUCUUGAAACAGCUUUGGCUUCGAAGCUUGCCAACUUGAGAGAGCAGCUCUUGGCUAGGGAUGAACUUAUGAAGGAGCUUGUGCAAUCACUUGAAGAAACUCGCGAACAAGUAGAGCUCGAUAAGGGAGAUCUUGUCAUGCUAAACAACAAACAGAAAAUCAGGAUUGUCGAGUUAGAAGAUGAGCUUGAGACAUUGAAGAAAGCUGUUUCUGAGGACGAUUCUGAUAAGAGGUUUGAAAGUUUGAAGGAGCAGUUGAAGAAGGCCGAGACGGAUUCCAUAAAAGCGAAGGAACAGAUGGAGAUGAGUGGUUUCGAGAAAGAAGAAAUAAAGUGCGCUUUAGAUGAUGCGAAAACUAAAGAAGGGGAACUCAAGAACCAGAUCGCGGAAGCUAAACAAGAAGUGGAAGAGCUAAAGAAAUGUUUUACCGAAGCGAAGGAAAAUAUUUCUUCGCUAGAAAAAACCUUAGAGAGCAAGAACACUCAGCUUAUGGAACUUCAAACGGACGCGAAGAAAGAUCUAGAAAUGAAGAAUAAGCUUGGAGCUUCGAAUAAGAGGCAAGCAGAGUUGGAAAGGCAGGUUAAAGAACAAGAGUCAGAGCUAAAAACGACACUGAGCGAACUGGAAGAAUUGAAAACAGAAAAAGUAUCUCUUGAUAAAGCGAAGUUAGAGAUCGAGAAACUAAGUGAGAACUUGGCAACGAAGGAGUUGAGAGUCAAAGAACUGGUGAACGAGUUAGAGGAUGUUAAGAACAAGCUACAGCAGGAGAAUAAGGAAAAUUCGAAAGCCUCUGAAGAAGGGAAUGACGACGAAAGAAAAGAAAAACGAUCUGAUGCUAAGAAUAAAGAUAAGACGAAAGAAAUCAAAGAACUGGAGAAACAGCUUGAAGUGACAACAAGAGCCUUAGACAAAAAAAAUUCUCAACUCAUCUCAAGAAAUAACGCUCUUAAACGCCUGGAGCUCUCGCUAAGUGAGAAGGAAGCAAAGAUUUCUGAACUAACGAAGGAAAAAGGGCAAGGCUUACAGACACCGUCUAAAGAUCUGAGGACGAGAGAAGAAAUCAGGACUUUACGACGAAGAGUUGUCCAAGCUGACAAGGACACUGAAGAACUGAAGCAAAAGGUACAAGAAUAUCAAAGCAAGUUUGAAGAAGUUUCCAAACAACAAGAAGAAAAAAGCAAAGAGGUUCUCCAACUUCAGGAAAAGCUGGAAGUUUCUGAAAACCGAGUAAAAGAGUUAGAAAAUAAUUUUAACGAUGUUAAAGAAGAGAGUCUCAAAGAUAAGGAGAAGUUGGAAGCGAAUGAGAAGAAGAUUGAAGUUUAUCGCCUUCAACAGUCUGAGUUGAAAGAAAAAACAGAAGAAACUGCAAAACUUCUAGAACAGAUGAAAGAAGAAAUAGAAAACGCGAAGAAUGAAAAACAGGAGAAAAUAAAGGAAUUAGAAGAUGUGAAGAACAAAGCUGAGCUGUAUGAAAAGAGAGUUGAAGAAUUAAAUCUGCAGCAGUCAGAAAAUGUAAAAGAGAGUGAUGAAAGAGUUACUUCUUUGAUGGAGAAGCUUAAAAGUGCUGAAGAGGAGUUGAAAAGAAAUGUCGAAAGGUUGCAGAUGCUCGAAGAAUCAAAAGAAAGAGAAAUAAACCAACUUCAAGAAAGAAUCCAGUUCAGGGAAAAACAGCUGGAGGAAAAAGAAGAAACUGUAAGAGAAAUCGGACAAAAGUCAUCUGAGGCAGAGAAAGAGAAGUCAGAAGAACUUGAUAAGGUGUGGAAGACUCUCGUAGAACACCAAGCUAUAAUAAGAGAGCGUGGAGAAAACAUAGAUGACCUUGAGAAUAAGCUAACAAAAGCUGAAGCACGCCAUGCAAGGGAAAAAGCGACCUUAGAGAACACAGUGGCGAAAAUGAAAGAGGUGAUGGAGAGCGAGGGAGGAGACAGGAAGAAACAAAUGUCUCGUAUAACUGAACUGGAGGGCAAGGCAGAGGAGUUGCAGAAGAUGAACGAUAUGCUUAUUAGUGCUUCUGAACAGCACGAAAAGGAGAUGAACGAGCUCAAAAAGGUUUUAGACGAACAAGACGCCGUGAUGGAAGAACAAGAAAAAGCUCUAAACGAAAGACAGAAUGAGAUCGAAUCCUUGCUGAACGAAAACGGAGAACUUCUUAAUAAGAUGAAUACCAAGGAGAACUGUAACGAAAGUACUACGGCCGAAAUACGUCGACUUGAAGGAACCCUAGCAGUCUACAUUGAAGAGAAGGAACGUCUUGAAAAAGAAGUCAAAGAAAUAAGGCAAAAUGAUCAACAGAUUGAAAUAUCUAAAGUGGAGAUCAGUAGAGACCAUGAGAAGGAAAAGACAGACAUUCUGGUAAAGUUAGAGCAGAAGGAAGGCGUGAUAGGCAAGCUGAAAACACAGCUGAAGAGCGCACAAAGUGAAGCAAAUAAGGAAAAGAAAUCUUUGCAGCAGAAAGCAAAAGAUCUAGAAGCUGAGAUUAACAAGUUGACGGUCAGACUUCAAGUCGUCGAAGGCAAGAAGCAAGAGUAUGAAGAUCUUUGUCAGUUGAAAGACGCCGAUGUUCGAGCAGCCAACGAAGAAAAAGAGGAAACCUUGAAAGUCAUGAGACAAGCUCUUGCUAUUGCUGCAGCGAAAAAGGACGAAUAUCAAGCCAAGUUGGAGGCAAUGAAAAAAGAAUGUACCGCAGAACUUGAGGCUAAACAUGAAAGGGAAAUAGAGAAAUUAAGAGAGGAGUUUGAGGGCGGAAAGCCUGCGAAAAAAAUGCCUGACUUGAAGAUCAAACUCAAUAAAAUAGAGGUCAAGACCAAGAGGAAUUCUACUGAGUGCGAGAUGUUCAUAGAAAGUCCUACCAACAAGAAAGAAGAAAAGACAAAUAAGUCAGCCUCGAGUCAAGACGAAGAUAGCACCACCGAAGUAGAGGACGGCAAGAAAGCUGCCAUUGAACCGCCUGCGAAGGAAAGAGCCAAUAAUGAAAACAGUUCUGUUCCUCAAACGUCGGGUCUAAACAUGUCUGUUAAGAGCUUAAAGGAUGAGACGUUACCAGAAGGCCGCAUAGAGAUCGAUGUUACACCAAUCAAGAGGCGUAAGAGGACGUCACGUGCUCCAUCGAAAACGACCUCCACAAAAAAAAGACGAAGUAGCGAAUUGCCAUUAUCAGAGAUAAAAAACCAUUUGAAAGCAAGGAAACAAAUGGAACAGAGUGAAGACGAGUUCACACCAGGAUCUGUGAAACUAAAAGAGCGACCAAAAAGGAGUACCAGAAAAACAAGAGCUAAUUCUACUGCUUGUUCUUCCUCAACAAAGGGUCAGCGACCACCCGUCAAACCACUGUCACCAAUGAAUGAAAACAAGGAAACUGCUCCUGAAGGACUAAAAAAGCAAUCAAGCAUCAAAAAGAAACGCUUCUUAGGAAAAUUGUUUUCCAAUAAAGAAGGUGAGGAAAACACCCCACCUCCCAAGAAGGGACGGAAGUUGCUGAAGAAAGAUAUCUCGGCACCGAUGGAUAACUUCUCGCCUUGUAUCUCUGGCAUUGAUUCUAUUCCCAAGAGCAACGAGAAAACCAAGGCUCAUUCGAUCAUAUCCCGGCAACUGAGAUCGCGAGCAAUUAAGUUUUAAAUUUAAAUUUUAUUUGUUGCGUUAUGAAGUUUUAGUAUCGAAAAUUACGCCAAACCAUUACUAGAUCGGUUUUUGUAAGAGUGGAAAAUGAUAUGACAAAUACGUAGGACUUUGUAUUGUAUCGGUACCGUGUCUCAUUGCAGACGCAACUACGUGUUGUGAUUGGAUAAAUUACUGGAAGAUAAUAGAAAGCCACUUCAAUGUUGCGGCAUGUCGUGCUGUGUACGUACUGUAAUUCAGUACCAUACUUUUCCUACUUAUACGAUUACCAUUCUUAUGGGAAGCCAUUUCAAUGUUGCGGCAUGUCGUGCUGUGUACGUGCUGUAAUUCAGUACCAUACUUUUCCUACUUAUACGAUUACCAUUCUUAUGGGAAGCCAUUUCCAUGUUGCAGCAGGUCGUACCGUGUACGUGCUGUAAGUCAGUACCGUACGUUUCCCACUCAUACGAAAACCAUUCUUAUAAGAAGCCAUUUCAAUAUUUCAGCAUGUGGUACUGUGUACUUGCUGUGAGUCAGUGCCGUACGCUAUCCACUCAUGCGAAAACCGUCCUACAACAUCGUAUCAGGGCGCAUAAUCAUCGUAUUCAGUAUUAAGAAUCAUAAUCUUGCCGGUCUGUGCCUACGGUACUCUAGACGUUAGAGCAGAUAAGAUACGACUGUAAUACAAUACAGCGUACAACUUCGUCAUUCUUUCGAUAGAACGUACAUUUACUGACUUCGCGAGACGUUAUUUGUACCUUAAACUAUACGAGAAAAUUGUCAGACACGGCACGGUACAUUCGUUUCUUUGCUAUACAACCGUCAUUAUCCUAAUCAAUUACGAUUACAAUUGCAAUUGGUUACUUAGCCUGCUAAAUAUUACUUCCAAUGAUUUGUUUCACUAAAUAUAUCUUAAACAUCCCUUUAUGUUAGGCGUUCUCAUCAGGAUGUGAUAUCAAUAUACCUUUUUUACCACCUGAUGAAGACAUUGACCCCUAAAGAUAGAAUUGUUAUCACUCAAGUAAAUGUUGACACAGUCGUCUCUAGACAGUAGUCUAUGUUGCCACCCAAGAGGAAAUAGGGGAGGGAUAGCGGGGCCAAGGAGUAUAUUGUCUUUCCUAGGGUUGUAUAUAUUACAGUGGUGUAUGAGUGGGAAACAAUUGGGGAUAUCAAUGUCUGUAACUUUGCUUUGUGAUCUAUCAAAGUACAUGAAAGAAAUUGGAACCUUUACAGUGUUAAGACAUGUUUGUCCUAUGCAUGUGCUGUAAGCCAGUACUUUUCAUGUUCCCCACUGGAUCUCCAGUUAUUUUUAGCAGAGAAAAAACCCAUUAUAACACUUACCCAAAUCGUGCUAUUUGCUAUGGUGACAAAAUAGGUUAUUUUGUCGCGAAAGAAAAUUGUACAACUUCGCAUGCAAGAUCAUAAAACACUCUUAGCAACACCAUAAUAUCAGCUAAAAGAUUCUAUAUUCAUUAUUUUUUCCAAACGAUUUUAUUAGAUUGUAAAUAGUAAAUAUACUGGUAAACAUUAAAGUGCACUUAUCUAUU